CAAAUGCAGUCCAACUCAGACAUACAUACAUACAUACUCCCUUCCUGCAGUCGGUCAAGCUGUCAACCUGUCAAUGUACCACCCCUGAUCCAAUUUCAACUUCCAGCCAACCGAUCAGGAUUCCCUAGACGAAACCUUGAAUCCCACCUUCCGGUGUCUCCUCACCCAACCGGCCGCCGACGGGAAUGACAACGCCAUAACCCCGAGAACAAGAAAAUGGCCUCCUCUCAACGCUCAAUCUCCCGUCUCACCCAAUUCUCCUUCUCCUUCACCCCCUUCACCUCCUUCACCUCCCACCUCAAGCCCCCAUCCCGACGGUACAUCUCGACCUCCCCAUCUCCACCCGCCGCCCCGAAAGACCUCCGCGCGCGCCUGCAGCGAUUCAACGACCGCCUUCCCCGGUUCCUACGCACCUACACCACCCCGCUCCUCGGCGCGCCCGCAACGCACGUCACCUCGUUCCUCAUCCUCCACGAGCUCACCGCCAUUGUCCCCUUAUUCGGGCUGGCGGGCGCCUUCCACUACGGCCACUGGUUGCCCGACCUGACCGCCAGCGAGUCCUUCCAGCAGGGCACGCAGCGGUUCCAGCGGUGGCUGCGCAAGAACGGCUGGGUGGAUGCGGAUACGCGGGUGGAUCUGGCCGCUCUCGAGGGCGGUGGAGACCUGGGGGCGAGGCUGACUCUUUCGGAACGCGUGGCCGGGGAGAGUAGCAGCAGCAGCAAACCCCAAACGGAAGGGGUGCGUCUCGUGCUGGAGUUUGCGACGGCGUACACGGUGACCAAGUUUCUCCUGCCGGUGCGGAUUGUGGCGAGUGUCUGGGCGACGCCGUGGUUUGCGAGGGUGGUGCUUGGGCCCCUGGGGAAGGGGGUUAGGGGUCUUUGGGGGAGGAAGUAGAUUGCGGGUGCUAUGAUGCUGAGCGCCGUGCUCUACCGGGCGGGAAGAUUGUAUAGUACGGAUGGAGGUAAAAAUAAAUAGAGUUAGAUCGGGAAAUGACUUGUAUUUCUCAUGGGGGCUUUUAUUGUUUAUGGACAAUUGCAUCUAAGUAGCGCUACAUCCCUGAAACUGGAGGGUCGGUAGGCUCCGAAAUGCUAAAGCGGAGA